AUGAAUAGAUUAGUACGUAGUGGAUUGGUGUCGGCUAGUCGCGGUCCUACUUUGCAGACUAUGGUUAGCAAGAGUUCAGUAUGGUAUCCUUCCAUGUCACACACUAGCAAUGUCAUUGUCAGCACUAUUGACAAUAACAACAAUAAUAAUAGUAACAAUAGUAAUAGUAAUAUGUUAUAUAGACAGUUAUAUAGUGGUGGAUCAGUACAGAUUGUUGACGAGAACCCAGAAUACAAAAAGUCGAUAGAAGACUUUAGAAAGACAUUCCUUUGGUGGCGAAAGCCACAACCUACCGAAGAGGAAUUGAAAAAGCAACAAGAAGACGAAGAAGCUGCAGCUCAAGCAGCUCAAGCAGCUCAACAUGAACAACAUCAAGCACAGCAACAACAACAACAAGAAUCACCAGAAGGUGCUACAGAGGGAGACCAAAAGGAAAAGGUAUAUGGGAGCAAGGAAGAAGAGUUGCGUGACAAGUAUAAAGAGUAUUACAAGGAUUAUGACAAACGAAAAGACGAGGCUGAUCGAAUCAACAAGUUUAGAGGUGGUAAUAUGAAUGCAGAACAGACUGCUCAAUUGGUCAACGCAUACAAAGAGACGAUGGGAACACGUCCACCAUACCCUCCUCGCAGUCGUAGAGAUUAUCGUGGAUGUCAAGAUCUCAGAGAAUUGGCAGUCAGCCAUGAAAUGCUCCCAUUACCAUCACGUGUACCCUUUACACUCGAAACGUAUCAACUCGAUCCCGGUUACAUCGCUGAUCGCGAAGCUGAUAGUUUCCCAGAGACCAUUCAAAUGCUCAAAGAAUUGGAACAGAAAUUAUUGGCAGAAGGUGUCGAGUUGCCAGAGAUUGAUUGGGAUUCAAUUGACUCUUAUGAACAAUUGGAAUUGCUACCAUCAGAGUUGGCAGAUACUUUUGACAAACCAAUCGAUUACGAACCCAACAAUGUACCAGCCCUCUAUGUAAGAUCGGCCGCCAGAUUUUAUGAUAGUCUUUGGGAACGUCAACUAGACUUUAUCCACCGUAUCUUUGAAAAGAUUCCAGCCUUUGGUGGAAACUAUAUCUAUUUCAUAAUGGGUCGUAUCUCUGGUACCAUCGCAGGUUUUGUUGGUGGUUAUACUAGUUCUCCUGCUCUCACAAAAUUCUAUUUUGAUUAUCGUGAUUUAAUCAUGCCUGGUUUUGAAUUUAAUAAAUUCCUUCCUAUUGCAAAAUCAAAAUUUAUUCCAGAGUUUUUGGAAUUAUAUUUUGCAAAUGAUGUUGAUGGAUUAGAAGAUUUUUGUGGUGAAACACUUCAUAAAAUGUUAUCAGGUAUCAUUGCAGCAAAUGAAGCUGGUCAUAAAGUAUUUGAUGGUAAAAUUGUUAAAAUUGAUACUUUAGAUUUUAUGGGUAUUAAUGAAAGCGAAAAUAGAGAGGAAACAUAUUUUUCAUUUUUGGUAGUUGUUCAUCAUACCUAUUGUAUAAGAGAUUAUCAAUUUGAAAUUGUUGAAGGUGGAGAUCACGAAAUUAUUAAAACUCAAAUGAUCGUACAUAUGUCGGUUGAUACCGAUUUGAAUGAAUUUGGUUGGUGUGUAUCCAAGUUGGAUGUUCAUCCAUCAGAAUCUAUUUAUCUUUAA